ACCUGAUGGAAAUAAAUUUCCCGUUCUCAACUUCCCGACAAAAUCCGUCACUCAUGCUCCCAACUCCUCCAACCUUCACUAAAAUGGCGUCCAUGGCCUUCCCCGUUGUUCAAUCUCCUAGAAACUCAACCCCCAUUUUUUCCAGUAACAAAGAGCAAACCCAGAAUUGGAAUGCCUUGAAAUUCGUCAGAGGCAAGAAACUCUUGAAGGAUCUUAGCACUUGGGGCAUUGGUGGCCCUUGCAAUUACUUUGUUCAAGUCUUUCACCAAACCCAUCUGCUUUCUGCCAUCAGAUAUUGUCGUGAGUUUUCCAUUCCAUACGUUGUGAUUGGCAAAGGCUCAAAUUGUCUGUUUGAUGAUCUGGGUUUUGAUGGUUGUGUGAUUCUAAAUCAGAUUGACUUCUUAGAGAGGAUGGAACCUGGAGUUUAUAGGGCUGGUAGUGGUUUUCGAUUUAAUCACUUGGGAAGUCUGAGUUGCAAUGAAGGAUUUACAGGUCUUGAGUUUGCAGCAGGCAUUCCUGGGACUGUAGGAGGUGCAACUUACAUGAAUGCUGGAGCAAAUGGUCAGGAGACUGCCAAUGUUAUUGAAAGCGUAGACAUUGUUACAACUGAAGGAAAUUUUCGGACACUGAACAGAAUUGAUCUCACUUUCGGCUACCGAUCAUCAUCGUUUCAGGACAUGGACAACUUGGCAGCAAUCGUGGCUGCUACGUUCCGGUUAGAGCGCUCAGGGUCAGCUAAGAAAAGGCAACAAGAGCUUUUGAAGAGGCGAAGAGCAACUCAACCAGUAAAUGAACGCAGCGCUGGGUCGGUGUUUCGGAAUCCGGUGAAUUUGGGUGUUUCAGCAGCUGAGUUGAUUGAUAAAGCUGGAUUGAAAGGGUGUAGCAUAGGAGGAGCAAUGGUUUCCAAUAUCCAUGCCAAUUUCUUAGUUAAUAAUGGUGCCUCCACUUCUCAAGACAUGCUCAAUCUCAUUGCUUUGGUGAAGGAUAAGGUUGACAGCAAGUUUGGAGUUGAACUUGAGGAGGAAGUACUCUACUUUCACCCCUACUGGAAUUAUGCCAACUGGGAAAGGUAACCAUUCAUGUAUUUGCUUUCAUAAACCUGGAGAAACAGAGACUUCAGUAGCUCUAAACAAAUUGGUAUUUUCAACAAUAUUGUUAUCAAAUUAUCAUUAAUAAAACAACGCUUGUUCACUGUUAUAA